UGCGACUGCUUGCCUCAGUACUUUGCUUGAUAGUGGAAGUCUAACAACGCCUUUCUAAUAGGAGAGGCUUUACUGGCAAUACGGUCUGCUCAGAGAAUUAAAUUGCUAUGAGGCAGGCAAUCACACAAUGACGUUAGCUUCGUGCUCCACAGAUGCAAUGCACAAUACCGACUUACUUACAUGCGCGUGCCUCUUGACAUAACUAGCAUGUGUGACUUGCAGUGUGGUGAAUGUUAUGCGGGGUCAAUUAGGCUGCCGCAUCCGUCGCGUCCAGGAAAGAGCAGCAAAGAAACAACAAUCCAGAUGGAGACGAUGGACAGACGGCAGACCCCGCUCGUCUCCUUCUUCGACCUCCCUCGUGAGCUUCGCGACAUCAUUUAUCAACACAUACCCGACAAUGCCGGCGCUUUCACGUAUGAUACAUACAUUGCACGAGAAUACCCGAAGUGGAAGCCAAACACCAUCGGAUACCGUAAAGAUGGACGCUUCUUUGAACAGAAGUACGGCAACUCCGGUGUCGCUUUUGGUGCCGGCCAAAAUUGUCGUGCUAUUCUUUUGACUUGUCGAACCAUCUACCGAGAAGCCUCACCAGUACUAUAUGCCGCUACUCCGCUGGGGCUGUGGCGACCGAUGCACGAUUAUGGUGGUGCGGUCGAGUACCCUCAUUUCAUCGCCAAAGUCUUCGAGGCACUACCGAUUUCUGCAGGCAAACAAAUUCAAACACUCCAACUGCAGGGGGAAUUCUGGCAGAAGAGUAUGCAAGCUCUUUUCAGCGCAGUAAAUGAACACCUUCCAGCCUUGAAGGUCCUGGAAAUUGGACUGGAUCCAUACUACGUCAGUGCAGAGCGACGUUACUGGUUUGACAAUCGAGCGAUAUUACGACAAGCAUGGCCGGCGAUUGCCACUCUAUGCUCUAUAGCCCAAAGACUGGACAUGAUCCAUAUCACCGCUGCCCCGCCCAAGGACUUUGUGCAGGUUGUGCACGAUAACCACGAGCGGGCACAGUUGGCCAACCAGCAACUUGAUGAUUUCAUCUGGUCCUAUCUGCAAUUGAGCGUACUCAAAGACGAACUCACUAUCUACGGUGGGAUCUUGCAUGGUGAUGCGAAACUUGGAAUGGAGUUUUAUAUGGAGAGACUUGUGGAAAGAAGAGAUUUGUUCGAGAUAUUCCAGAGAGACAUGCAGAUUGAGGAGUCGAGACGAUUAGUGCCGAAGUUCAAGAUCGAAGGUGAGAUGGGAUGGCUUGAGAAUAUCACUGGCAGGGUAAUGGUUGUCGAUCGGGAGAAGAUGAGGAUUACUACGAUGUCGGCUCCAGAUGCGAGUACGAAGUGGUGUAAGAUGGUUUAUGAGGCUCAUCCGAGAGGUGAAGUGGGUUCUCAAUUUUCGGCGUUACAGUAAGGCAUAUUUUUUGCACAAUCUAUCAACCAUCUUCCGGGGCGCGUUACUCCGGAAGAAGCUUUCUACAUCGCCAGGAUCGAGGUCCUUCACGUUGUCAGUCUAAUUUCUCUUGCAUGUCGAUCGGUCAACGCUCGUUCCUCCCACAACAUACAUGCUCAUCUAUACAAACUCUACGUCUCGGAUCCAGAUCUUGCGUCAAUCACAUCACCUCCUUC